ACUGAACCUAUGUUUAAGUCUGUCUAGGACUAGGGUUCCCCAACACUCUCCUCUGCCUCUAUAUAUACGCUUAUUCCCUAUGGAAUAACAGCACAAUAUUAGUGAGAGAUCUCUACCUGUCAAGAAUCUCAUAAGGAAAGAGGCCAGAGAGGAUAAGGGAUUUAUUCCAGUUCAUUCAUCUAUCAUGGAUCCAGAGUUGUACCCGAUGCUUAUUCAAUGCAUACUUGGACUGGUCAAGCACAAUAAAACAUGACGGAGUCACUUAACUUCUUGUUCCGUUUAGAAACCAGAGUAUGUAAUACUACCGAUUAUUAAACAUUUAAAUCUUUCCCCUCUCAAUCUAAUUCUCACUUGAUCGUCUUCUUCCUGUCCCUUGCGCCGCUGCUGUUUGGGAUGAGCAAGCACGGUCAGCUUCAAGGACAUUUCAGCCGCUCAAGCCCAUAUGAUCCUCGGUCAUGUCAGGCCUUCGCCCACAGUGGUUCUGGAGUAAAAAAUUGGCCGCUGUUGAGAACCACCGUGAAGGCCCUUCGGCAGUUGAUGCGGUUGGAGAUGGAGAAGAGUGGGACCCUCGACUUUAUCCUUCAACGAGUGACGAUGGAUGCUCUGCCAUUGUUUAUCGAAGAGAGGUAUUCUCAGCGAGGACACUUGCUACUGGCGAAAUAGUGGAUCGAGCUUCGGAUGGUCUCUGUUGGCGGGCGGUCAGCUGAGUCCCACUCCGAGUUUGGCAAGGGCCACUACGGCUGCGAAGGCUAUAAGCCGGAGCAACGACAUCUACGAGAUUUGCAGCUAUGGCGGCAAUAUCUGGGAGGCGGCAGGAGGUCUAAAGUCGGUGGUUACUCUUCCGGCUUGGAUCUGGAUAUUUUUCAAAUCCAAAAUUCUAGCUUUUCCUUUUCUUCUGAAAUUGCCGAAACAUUUUUAUUUUGAUUUUUCUGAUUGGGAUGAAUUUUUUAAUGUUUUAGGAGGGAAUGAUAGCUUAUGGGAUCCAAUCUAUGUAAUACUACCUCCAUCACACUAUGUUUGGAUAAAGGGGUGUGACACAACUUUUUGGGGCGGAUGGAGUAUAAAAGAUCCUAAAUUUUAAUCUAGAUUAGUAAUAGUAAUCGAAAAAGUUACGGUGACCAUUUAAUUGUCAAAAUAGGUUUUUCACGUCAUUUAAGAUAAUGGUAUAGUUUUACUUUACACUUUAGAAAAAGUAUGAGGUUUUUGGUAUUGUAGCAGUACAUUAUACUUUAGAAAUGUGGCAAUUAAUUUGACACAGCGCGACAAGGAAUAUGAGACCAGUAAAGUGAUAAGAAGGGAGUAUUAAUUAAUUCCACAAUAAAAUACUGUCAUAUUAUAUACGUUUUGAAGGAUCGCAAGAGUCCUGUAGAGGAUCAUUAGAAACCUAUGUAAAAUAU